AUCGCUUGGCGGGCCAAGCCCUCAGCCAGUGCUGACAAUUAGUGGCACCAUCAGCGCGCUUGCCGGACUUGACCAAGCCUUGCGUUUCUAGACAAAUUAGUUACCUUUGAUCACUGCGUAUACAUAUAAAUUAGGUUUGAAUAGAAUCGGGGCUAGAAAUCAGAGCCCUGCUCGUUUCUGCUAGGGACGGGGUCCAUGGCAGACUUAUCGGCCCUGGAGGAGCUGUUAUUAGGUGGAUAUGAUGUCGGUGCACUGCUGGCUGCACAGGCGUCUGCCGGACAGGGGCCGGGUGCGCUGCUGGGGCUCGGAGGAGGCUUGAAGCCACCACUGACGCAGUCUGGGCUGGGCUGGGCUGGGCCAGCGCCCACUGACCAGAGCUCAAUCUACCAGGAGGUCGCACAGAGCCUGGCUGCCAAGCUGGAGGAGCACCGUAUGCAGCAAGUCCAAGUAGCGACGGCGCUGCAGACACUACAGCAACUGCAGCAGCAGGAGGCUCUCGCGAACCUGACGCACCAGUAUUUGCACCAGCAUGGCGCCCAGGCGCGCGCUGGCAACCCGUUCCAGCGAAGCCGCACGACGGACCUGGAGAGCCUGGGCCGCGGCCCGGCCGCCUACGACCCCAUGCUCUCGCCGGGCGCGGGCGCGGCAUUCGGCGCGGGCGGCCUCAGCCCCGCGGAAUUCGGUUCGCACCAUCGCGCCCAGCUCGCGGCGCUGCAGCAGGCCGCGGCCUCGGGCGGCCACGCCGGCCCGCACCAGUCGCUCGCGCUACGCGUUCCGGGCGUUGCGGGGCUGCAGCACAACCUGCCUGUGAGAUCCUUCAGCUCAGAGCACCUGCUGGCAGGGCAGCGCCCGCACCACCGUCCGCCGCAGCAGCCGGGUGGCCCGGGGCCCGCGGGCGGUAUGGGCAUGGGCGUGGGCGGCAUGGGCGCAGGAGGUAUGAUGGGAGGUCCCGGCCAGCAGCAGGGCCCGCCCGGCUCCGGCGGUGGCGGCGGUGGUGGUGGCGGUGGCGGUGGAAACGGGAAUGGAAACGGCAUGAGCGGCCAGGCCGGUGGCCCCAGCAAGAGGGCGCCUCUGCGGCAGCCCUCCGGCCUGGGACCCAACGGCCGCAGCGGCCAGGCCGGCGGCUCUAACGGCUCCAACGGCAACGGCGGCGCCGCCAACGGCGCGGCUGGCAGCGGCGCAAACGGCGGCGGUGGCGGCGGCGGCGGGCAGCGUGGCGGCGCGGACGGCGGGCGGCGGGCCCGGUACGCUGCUACUGCCAAGGCCCCCUCGUGGGCGUCGGAGGACUGGCACCCCAUGAAGGCCGUCAUCGCGUCAGGCGCACACGCCAGCGGCGGCACCGGCGUCUUCCUGCCACACCUCGCCGCCACGCCGCCCGUCACUCCCGGCACCGCCGGCAGCGGCGCCGCCGGCUCUGACGCGGCGGCGGCGGCGGCCGCCGCCGCCGCCGUCAAGACCGGCCUCGCCUCGCCCGCCACCUCUGCCGGCGGCGGUCCUGGCACAAGUGCCGCCGGCGCCGGCGCUGGCGGCGCUGGCCUUGGCGGCGGCUUGGCAUCGGGCCGCAACUCCUGCGACCGCGCCAGUCAUGACAGCGCCAGUCACCGCCACAGCAGCGGCCACAGCCACGGCCACAUCGCCUCCGCCCACGCCUCGCUGACCGGCCUCAGCGGCGGCGGCACCACCGGCGCCGCCGCCGCCGGCGCCGUCGGCCUAAACCUGGGCUUGGGCCUGGCGGCAGGCAUGCACCCGCAGCACCCGCUGCUGCAGCACCAGCAGCACCAGCAGAACCAGUACCACCAGCACCACCACCAGCAGCACCAGCAGCACCACGCCAGCGGCGCCAACGCCCAGGGCGGCGGCUCCCUGAUGCUGCCGGCACCCGCUGGCCAGCACCAGCACCCCCACCAGCACCACCACCACCUACCCGUCGGGGCCGGCCUGCAGCACGCCGCCUUCUCCGCCGCGCCCGGCACCGCCGCCGGCGGCGCCGCCGCCGCCGCCGGCGCCUUCAAUGGCGGCGGCAUGGGAGUGCCCGGCAUGUCCGGCAUGGGCAUGGGUGCGCCGCUGUCGCCUCUGUCGCCGCGCGACGGCGUGAGCCCCUCCUGCUCCGCCGAGUCCAACGCUCUGGGCUCCGGCUCCGGCGGCCUGGCCUCCGGCGCCGUCGCCAGCGCCGCCUCCGCCGCCUCCGCCGCCUGCGCCUCAAUCGCGAGCCUGGGCUUUGCCCCCGCCGACCUCGUCAGCGGUCUGGGCAUGCUGGGCGGCAGCGGAGCCGCCGCCGCCUCCGGCGGCGGCGCGGCCGCCUCUGGCGGCGCCUACGGCGGCGGCGCUGCCGCCGGCUGCUACAGCCGCGGCACCACGCUGGACAGCUACAGCCGGGCCUCCACCACGGGCUGGGCUACGGCCUCGGAGCUGGACAGCCUGCCUGCGGCGGCCUCGGCGGCGGCGCUUGGCUAUCUGGCGGCGGGCGGCGCGGCGGGCGCCAGCGGGCCGGACGGCAUGAAGGUCGUGGCUGAGGAGCCGGAGCGCGAGCGCGCCGACGCCCUGGAGUUGGAGUGCGACUUCGCCUCGCUGGCUCGCGAGCUUGCCGAGCUCAUGGGUCGCCAGCAGCAGGCGGCCGAGUAGCAGCGGCGACUGCAGGAAUCAGGAAGCAGAAGCAGCGGCAGUAGCAGGCACAGCAGAAGCCUGUUGAGUUGGGAUGGAUGCGCCGCGACGCACCUCGGGCUGGCCGCAUCUUUCUGCUCUUGCGGCGACGGCCAUCAAGCUACAAAAGACAAUAACGACAGUGGCAAACGAAUAACUUUGCGCGUUGCGUUUAGCUGCGCGUGCGUUUAGCGGCGCGGACGAUUGCAACGCCUCGCAACCAGCCGCCGGCGACCCGGCGAAGCCACAAAAUAAAAGCGCGCCGAUGGGCAGUGCCGGCGUUGGGUAACUCAACCUCUGCUGGUGCCGCUUCCGCCGCCACAGUAGCAGUAGCAGCGGCGGCGGCGGCGACGGUUUUGGUGGCGGUGGCGAUGGCAGGAACUGAAUAACUGGGGAGGCUUCUUCACAGCGUUUGUGGACUUCGUGCAGCCAGCAGCACAUGGGAGAGCCUCUGCGUCGCCUCGGAGUGGCAUCUGCGUCGUUUGGGAGGAGGCCAGCGGUGCUGCACCUCUCCCACGGCACUGUCGGAUGCCCCGCGGCCCGCUGUAGCCCGCAGCAGCAACAGCAGCUGCAGCGGCCGUGGAGCCGCGAAGACGAGCCCUCCUUCUCGGGCCUCCGCCGCCCGCGCUGUCUCUCUGGUGUCACGUUUUGCAAGUGCGAGUGGUUGGUCGAGUGCGCAUGUUAGCAGCGGUUGGCGGUUGGUGGUCGGCGCAGCUGCGCCCGUCGGUCGGAUGGUGCGAGAGGCCGCGGAGGCGGCGGCGGUGGUUAUUUUCUGCGGCAUAAGGUUGCAUUAGCACUACGUACUGACACGGCUCUAGAUACUCUGCCUGUCCGUCCGUCCGUCUGGUUUGACUUUCUACUUCCAUCCAUCCAUCUGUUCAACAAUCACGUAUAUCCAUGCAUGUAUGUAUCGCAUGUGGCUGAUGCAGCGAUUGAGGGAACACGGCAAUGGAGGGACACGCGCACACACGCAGCAGCUCCUUUGAGCCGCCGGCUGCAGGGCCUCUCGGUGGCAACAACAACCACAACUGCAUCAACAACAAACGCAGCAACUACAGCACAACUGCGCAGGUGUUUGUGUGUGCUCGGAUACUUUUAAACUGCGUUUGCGGCGGCGGCGGGGUCUGCACUGCCGGGUUUGUUUGUACGGCAUGCGCACAACGCGACCGCGUUUUGCCGUACGGCCUGUGGUCCCGGCACAAGAUACACACGUGCGUGCACGAACAGAACACAUGCACACACACAUGCUUUGAACACUCUCACAAAGCAUGGCUUCGUGUGGUUCUGUAGAGUCCACAGCCGCAAGGGUUCCACAAGACUUGACGGGGGUUUUGAAGAAGCGAAAGGUUUCGUGUGCGUCCACGAAUCGCACACGGCAGCAGUUGACCGCCGAGCUUUGAAUUGAUAAUUGCAUGGGUAGAUAUAAAUAAGUAUCUAUAUCCGUGUGUUCCCCGGGGUACGUAGGCGUGUGAGCGUGACCCAGGCGUCCGCGCGGUGCGGCUUUGCCAUAGACGGAGUUUCGUAACACGCACACACGAAUGCGGAGUUUUAUAUUACGCACACACGCACGCGGAGUUUCGUCAACGCACACAUACACACGGAUGGAUACGGUCUCCAUUGGCUGCGCAGCCCCUGUGCACGCCUGGGGAGCUCAGGCCGGCGCUGUUGCGGCGCAGGGUAUGUGUCGUACACGGUGCCUGACAAACAACCGGGGUGCGAAUGUGACGUUCGACGUGUGGGUGUGUGGGUGUAUGCGCGCAGCGGGUGCUGUGAGGGCACGCACACGCAUAGUGUAUGGUAUGGUUUGCGGGAGGAGGGGACGGCGACGCGGCGGGACACACGGGGCAGAGGCUCUUGGGGUGGCCGGGUGGGCGGAUGUGACGGGAUCGUGGCGUGGCGGGGCGGGGCGGGGCGUGGCGU